AUUUCCUUAUAUCUAUAUUGUUUUGUUAAAUAUUUGAGAUUUUAAUUUCAAUGUGGUGCGACUGUUGACGUGAAUUCGCAAUGAGAACGAGAAACUGCGUAUUGCGGUGGUCUUUGUGCCUCUAUCUUGUCGUUGUAUUUUGGACUCAUUCAGCAGCUGGGCAGGUUCGAUACUCCAUCCCGGAGGAAAUGUCGAUGGGCUCCUUUGUGGGGAAUAUAGCGAAAGAUCUGGGAUUAAGUCCUGAGCGACUGGCCACAGGGAGAGCCCGGAUAUUCAGCGCUGACAGCAGUGAGUACAUUGAGCUGGACAGGGAGAAAGCGCAGCUGAUUGUAAAGGAGAGAAUAGACAGAGAGAAGCUCUGCGGAGAGGCGUCUAUCUGCAGCUUCAGUUUUGAGGUGAUUCUUGAAAACCCCAUGGAGCUCUAUCGUAUUACCGUAGAAAUAUUAGAUAUUAACGACAACAGUCCCGUUUUUCCGAGUAGUGAAAUCAGUCUGGAAAUAAGAGAAUCAGCUUUGCCAGGGACGCGCUUCUCCCUCGAGAGCGCGGUGGACCCAGACGUGGGGACAAAUACACUCCAGAAAUACUCACUUCACCCCGCUGAUCAUUUUAGCUUAAAGAUACAGAACCGUUUUGAUGGAAGCAAAAACGUGGAAAUGGUCCUACAGGUUCCGUUAGACAGAGAAAAACAAGACCACCAGUAUUUAACAUUGACUGCUGUCGAUGGCGGAAAUCCGAAACGGUCCGGCACAGUAAAAAUUCAAAUCGUGGUCCUCGACGCCAACGACAAUUCGCCGUUGUUCAGUCAGUCGGUUUACAAAGCCUCAGUGGUAGAAAAUGCUCUUAAAGGGACUCUAGUGGCAACAGUGAGUGCAACAGACGCCGACGAAGAAUCAAAUGGCUCCAUUCAGUACAAUUUUGAGCAUGCUGCUGCUAGUAUUAAAGAGCUUUUUGCUAUGGACCCCACCACUGGUGAAAUAAGAGUUGUUGGGGAUAUAGACUAUGAAAGGUUUAAGCUUUUUCAGAUAAAGGUACAAGCAAAAGAUGAAGGUGGUUUGAGCGACUCCAGUGAGAUAAUCAUUGAGGUAGUCGAUGUUAAUGAUAAUGCUCCCAAAAUGACGCUGAUGUCAUUUUCUAGCGUAUUGCGCGAGGACUCGAUCCCCGGGACUGUAAUAGCUAUGAUAAAUGUCCAGGAUCUUGAUUCGGGGGAUAAUGGCAAAAUCACUUGUUCAGUUGAUCAAAACCUCCCUUUCAACAUAGAAGCAACCUUACCGAAUUACUACAGUCUACUGACAGAUGCGGUCUUGGACAGAGAACAGACAUCGGAAUAUAACAUUACAAUUACUGCAGUUGACCAAGGUAUUCCGCCGCUAUCUAGUAAACAGAUUUUAACUUUAAGAAUUUCAGAUGUAAACGACCAUGCUCCUAAAUUUCAACAAGAAAUAUACAAUGCAUACAUCAUGGAAAACAACGCCCUCUCCGCCUCUUUCUUUUCUGUUAAAGCAGAGGACGCUGACUGGGGACCUAAUGCUCGUAUAUCUUAUUUUAUUGAGGAUGGGAGUUUAAACGGUGCUCCGCUGACUUCUUACAUAUCAAUAAAUUCAGACAGCGGGGUACUUUACGCAGCUAAGACCUUUGACUAUGAGCAAAUAAAAUUUUUAAAAAUCCACGUUAAAGCUCAAGACGGUGGCUCCCCGCCGUUAAGCACCAACGUAACCGUAAAUAUUCAUAUCCAGGACCAGAACGACAACGCCCCCCAGAUUCUCUACCCAGUGCAGACUGGUGUCUCUCAAGUGGCUGAAAUGGUGCCUCGUUCAGCAGAUGUUGGCUAUCUUGUCACUAAAGUGGUCGCUGUUGAUGUGGACUCGGGACAGAAUGCCUGGCUCUCAUAUAAACUGCUGAAAGCGACAGACAGGGCGCUGUUUGAAGUGGGUUUACAGAAUGGAGAAAUAAGAACUUUACGCCAAGUCACUGAUAAAGAUGCAGUGAAACAAAGACUUACUGUUGUAGUAGAGGACAACGGGCAGCCCUCUCGUUCAGCUACAGUCAAUGUUAACGUGGCGGUAGCAGACAGCUUCCCGGAAGUGCUCUCUGAAUUCACCGACUAUACACAGGACAAGGAUUACAAUGUUAACCUGACCUUUUAUUUGGUCUUGGCCUUGGCAGUGGUCUCCUUUUUGUUUAUUAUCUCCAUGAUUGCGAUUAUUUCAGUAAAAGUAUAUCGAUGGAGACAGACAAGAUUAUUACAAAUCCAAUGGGAACCUCCCUGUUAUUCCGUACUAUCCACCGCUUUACGCUGACGUUGAUGGCGCCGGAACUCUGCAGCACGUGUAUAAUUACGAGGUGUGCAGGACUACUGACUCGAGAAAGAGUGACAUCAAAUUC